AGGGAGGAGGAUCCAGGGAAAUAAAAACGACCGAGAAUGACCUCCAGCAAGCGAACCUGAGCUGGGCUCCGUCCUCCCGCGCUACCCCGUCCAGCCCCCGCCCUCUCCAGCUCCGGCAUGGGAGACCGAGGGCAGCAGCCCGAGCGCUCGGCCCAGCGCCCGCACCCUCACCCUCCGGGGGGCCCCGGCGGUGCCGCGGCCUUGGUGAACGGCGUCUUGCACAACGGCUUCCACCCCUCGGCGCCCCCGGCGCCUCCGCAGCUGCAGCCGCGACCCUGUGGCCGGGGUUCCGCAGGCGGCAGCAGCAGCAGCGCGGAUCCCCGGCCCCAGUCGCAGCCGCAUCCGCAUCCGCAGCCGCAGCCCGACGGGCCGCCGCCGCUCCACGACUCCCCGGCCAAGAAAUGCAGGCUCCGGAGGAGAAUGGACUCGGGGAGGAAGAACAGGCCGCCCUUCCCAUGGUUUGGCAUGGACAUUGGUGGAACACUGGUUAAAUUGGUCUACUUUGAACCGAAAGACAUUACAGCAGAAGAGGAGCAAGAGGAAGUGGAGAAUUUGAAGAGCAUAAGGAAGUACUUGACUUCUAACACAGCUUAUGGGAAAACUGGAAUUCGAGACGUGCACCUGGAGCUGAAGAACGUGACCAUGUGUGGGCGGAAAGGCAACUUGCACUUCAUCAGAUUCCCCAGCUGUGCCAUGCACAAGUUCAUUCAGAUGGGGAGUGAAAAGAACUUCUCCAGUCUUCACACGACCCUCUGUGCCACAGGAGGCGGGGCUUUCAAAUUUGAAGAGGAUUUUAGAAUGAUCGCCGAUCUGCAGCUCCACAAGCUGGAUGAAUUGGACUGUUUGAUACAAGGGCUGCUCUAUGUUGAUUCCAUCGGCUUCAAUGGCAAACCCGAGUGUUACUAUUUUGAAAAACCCACAGAUCCUGAACAGUGUCAAAAAAAGCCUUACUGCCUUGAUAAUCCAUAUCCCAUGUUGCUGGUUAACAUGGGCUCAGGUGUUAGCAUCCUAGCAGUGUAUUCCAAGGACAACUAUAAAAGAGUUACAGGGACCAGUCUUGGAGGUGGAACAUUCCUAGGCCUGUGCUGUUUGCUGACUGGUUGUGAGACCUUUGAAGAAGCUCUGGAAAUGGCAGCUAAAGGAGACAGCACCAAUGUUGAUAAGCUGGUGAAGGAUAUUUAUGGAGGAGACUAUGAACGAUUUGGCCUUCAAGGAUCUGCUGUAGCAUCAAGCUUUGGCAACAUGAUGAGUAAAGAAAAACGAGAUGCCAUCAGCAAAGAGGACCUAGCCAGAGCGACUUUGGUCACUAUCACAAAUAACAUCGGUUCCAUUGCUCGGAUGUGUGCCCAGAAUGAGAACAUUGACAGAGUGGUGUUUGUUGGGAAUUUCCUUAGAAUCAAUAUGGUCUCUAUGAAGCUGCUAGCAUAUGCCAUGGAUUUUUGGUCCAAAGGACAGCUAAAAGCUCUGUUCUUGGAACAUGAGGGCUACUUUGGCGCUGUUGGGGCCCUACUGGAACUGUUUAAGAUGACUGAUGAUCAGUAGUGAUGUCACCUGGACAAAAGACGGGAAAAAUGCCCCUGCUGAGGUUGCUGCUGGAGAAAGUGAAAGCCACGAUCAGGAUAGGAACGAAGCCAUUUUGGCACUCGUACCUGCUGGAUUUGUAAAUAAUCUGAAAUCCUUCUAGCUGAUCUUUUACUCUUGGGGUUUUGAGCAUAGAAUUCAAAAUUCACAUGGGGAAUACAAGAGGUUUUUUUUUUUUCUUUCUGUAUACUGUAUUUUUUUUUUUAAAGGACAAAAUGUGCAACGUGGCCAAAUGUCCCAGUUUUUUGCAUUCGUUUUAAAAAGCUGAGAAAUGUUUCAGAAGGAUCUGAAAUGUAAUAGCUGUGUUUUUCUUCUGGGGUUUACUGAUCAGUGUGGUAAUUUUAACUUCAUUUAGUAAUCACUCUAGGAGAUUUUUAUCUUGACUUAUAUUUUUCAUGACGUUUCAUGAUUUGCUGUUGGUUUCAAAUGAAACUACAAAGCUAGCAUGUUUUACUGUGAAUGCUUUUUUCCCUUUUGAGUUUGUUGGUUUUUUUUGUCUCAUAUUUCUGUCUGUGAGUGAAUGUCCCAUGGAAGGAGAGCCGUCUCCCAAGCUUAAUUUCUGUCCUCUUCCUCCACAAUGAGAGAUAUUUUCUGUAAACAUACAUUCACAUUACCCAAGGAGCUGACCACUCCACUGGUUAAGCAGUGAGAGCUAAGGCUUUAUGAAGUACCCAUGCAGUGAAGACUCCAAACAUCAUAGAGUUACAGGCCCAGAAGGAACCUUAGACCAUAGAAUGUCAGAACUGGAAGGGACCUAAGUCUAGCCUCCCUCAUUUUACAGGGAAGGAAACAUAGACCCAGAGAGAAAAAUGAAUUAUCUAGUUUUGCAUUCUAGUGACAGAAGAAGGGAUUAUAAUACAGUAGUAUAUACAACAAUUAUUAAAUGCCUACUAGGUGCAGAGUACUUUUCUAGGCUCUGGGAAGGAUAAAUUUUUGAUAAGAUAGGAUUGGUCUAGAAUGCGGACAACCAAGUCAUCCCAUUCCCAGACUAAGGCUUCUUCUCUUCCAUGUUAUAUUAAAAGACUGUGGCAGUAAGGAAUAGAUGGAACAUUUUUGCUUUUCCCCCUGUCCCCCCCCCCGCCCCAUAAAUCUGCUGUAUUAAGUGAGAAUACACAAAAGGUCUUAGAUUCUGUCCAGAGUGGGAAUUCUCACUGCUGGUGCAGAUGACUGCCAAUCCAUGACUUAGUUUAAGUAAGUCCUAGGGAAUUGUCUCAGGCACACAGAAGUCACAGCUGGUAAGUGUCCAAGUUAGGAUUGGAACCCAGGUCUUUCUGAUUCCAAGCUCAACACUCUAGCCACUAGGUCAUGCUGCCUCUUGGUUUAUUUUAUAUCAGCAAUUCAGUACUAAAUGAAACCUGAAACCCUUUAUGAAGAUAAUUUUCUAACCCCCACAAAGUAAAUGAUAUUAAAUCUUUAUAUAGUAUGUUUGGUUUUGAAGGGAGUUCUUCAAUAGAAUUCUGACCUCAUCAAAAUUCUGGUGCAAAUUGGAGCAUCAGAGGAAGAAAUAAAAUUAUGGCAUGAGAUACUGGAUGAUAAUCAGUCAACAAACUAUAUGUCUUUUUUGUACAUGUGCCCUGGCAUACUGUAAUGAGAUCUUAUGUGUAGAAAUUUUAAAAUGUUUUUACUUUCAACAUUUGAGAAAGAUGAUAUUUCUAAAAACAAACAUUUUUAUUUUAUUGGUUUUUUUGGUCAAAAAUAAUUUUUAUUUCAAAAAGAUGUCCUGAUGAUUACUGACUUUGGUUUCGUUCCCUCCCUUUUUGCCUUUGUCUUGAUGACCCUGGACAAAAUACCAGAAAGAACUGAUCUUUUUGCUUUGGCUUGUUAAAGAAAGGAAGUUAGGAAGGACAGUCUGGAUCAAAAGAGAGAUUGGUUGACUUCCCUCUUUGUCUUUUGAAUGCAGUCAUUCAUUUUUACAUCUUCAGGUUGUGAAGAAGUGGAUACUAAUUGAAGUGUUGACUUGUCUGGUUGAAAUAAAACCCAUUCCUGUUGUGA